UAUUGUUAUCACAUCAGUACUGAAAAUUCAAAAUGUGCCAAGUUAACUUAAAAAAUGUAUGUAUGAAAAACUUACUAUUACAUUUUUUCUUCAUGUGUAAAUGUUGAAAUUAUAUUAAACAUGGAAAAUUUAUCUAUCCCAACACUUAAAGUGUUGUACAAACAUUAUGUGGAUUGGGUAAGUGCAAAUCCAGAACGCACCACUGAUUUAGAAGCUUCAAUAAAAUGGAUAUCAUAUUUUCUAGCUGGUCGAAUCAACAAUUCGACUUUAUUAUCUGAACUUGUAUACUCCAUGUCAAAUUUUAUGAUGAUGUUUAAUGAUCAAAUUAUUCUAAGUACUUCUAACAAAAUAGCUCAUUCCAAUGGUGUAGAAAAAAAAGGGUAUAUUCAUUAUGAAAAUAUAAAGAGAUUUUUGACCAUGAUAGAUUAUAUUGAAGUCUUUAUUGAAGUAUCUGCAACCAAAUUAUGGGGUAGCAGAGGACGGUGGAUCAUUGUUGUUCUAUUACAAACAAUAAAAACUCUAGCUAGAUUAUAUUUAUUACAUUUCUAUAAACUUCAUAUAUUGGAAUCACCUCCCAUACAGCCUUUAAAUAGAAAAUCAGUACAUAUGAAUCAAAAUGACUUCUUGGAAAACGGAGUCAUAACAUUACCAUCUGGGCGAACAAUUCGAAAAUUAGACAAUGCUCCACCUAUUAAUCGCCGUACAUGGAAAGCUCCACCAAGAGUUCCAAUGAAUAGUAAUAGUGGGCAUUUAAGCGAUAGACUUCUUGUAGCUGAGACCAUGUUUAUAAUGAAACCAAUAGUACAUUUGAGUAGUUUAUACAUUUUUGGCCAAAAAUCAUGGAAACCAUGGCUAAUUUCAUUGACUAUAGAAUAUAUUAGCUUGCAGAGGUUAAAAACCGCAAAGAAUUUAACUCCUCAGCAACGUUUAGUGUUAUCAAAACGAACUUUAAAUUUAGCAUUAUACUUAGUAAGGUCUCCAUUCUUUGAAAAUUAUUCUGAAAAACACAUGAGAGCAUUUUUACAUUGGUUUGUGAUCAAUGUUCCAUUGGUAGGACCUUUAAUGAGACCAUUCCUCGAUUAUUUAAAAACAUGGCAAGAGACAUAUUUUUACCUUUGGUCAUGUUAAAAUCUAAAAUAAUAUGAUACUUAUUUAAUUUAUAUGUACAAUUAAAGCAAGGGUCUAGUGUUAAAUUAUUGAUAUUUUGUUUUUUUUUACUUUUUUGGUAUAUUGUAAAUUUUGGAUUAAUUUUUAUAUUAUGUUAUAAUUAAAUGGUCAAAUGGUUAUUACAGAAUUAUUUCGUUAAUAAUGGGAUAAAAAAAUUUUAAUUAAUAUUUUAUCUUUUUUUUGAUUAAAAUAAAAACAAAACAUUCAUGAAUUA